GUGGGUUGCGCGUGCGCGAGACGGCGGCAGCUAGAGCGCUGCUCGUUUGUCAGCGGCUCGGGAAGAGGGAGCUGGUGCUAGAACGGGAGAACGGAGCAGAGGACCACAGGCUGUGAGACUGCAGCGGGGAACGAGUCAGAGCACUGCCGGGAGACGGGAGACAAAAAACACCAACUCAUCCUGUUUUAUUCCUACAGCUGCGAGAAGAGGGAAAAACCUGUCCACGUUUGCUUAAACAGUACAACGAAGGUUGAUGGAAGAUAAGAAUUGAUCAUCAGGACUUCACACAGUCUGAAGUCCUUCUCAGCAGUCAGAGUCUGUGGAUAUCUCCAACUGGAGGACAAACCCCUUUGAUUGGAUCCCCAUAGCUGACUGGCUGGGGUGGUGGAUACCCUGCUUGUCCCUCACGUAGUCCUGAUUGUGGAGAGCUCUGACCAGGGGGGAAGACUUUUAACGUGACACGCUGGACCAUGGACAGGAAGUGGAAAUGGGUGCUGAGCAGCGGUGCUUUGCUGGUGAUAUUCCUUGGUCGCAUGACCACAGCCUUAGAAGUGCCUCUUGACCCUAAGGUUCUGGAAGGAUUACCACAGCCUCCCACUAUAACCCACCAAUCACCUAAGGAUUUCAUCAUCGACCCUCGGGAGAACAUCCUCAUCUACUGUGAGGCCAAAGGGAAGCCGCAUCCCAGCUUUUCCUGGACACGGAAUGGGACACAUUUUGACGUGGAGAAGGACUCUAAGGUGUUGAUGAAGCCGAGCUCAGGGACGCUGGUCAUAGACAUCAGUGGGGAGAAGGCUGAGGCCUACGAGGGGAUAUACCAGUGUACCGCACGCAACGAGCACGGGACUGCAGUUUCCAACAACAUCGUCAUCAGACAGUCGAGGUCCCCCUUGUGGUCGAAGGAGAGGAAAGAGGCAAUCAUGGUACAGGUGGGAGUGUCUCUGGUGCUGCAGUGUCGACCCCCUGCAGGCCUGCCCCCUCCCAUCAUCUUCUGGAUGGACAACAACUUCCAGCGCCUGCCUCAGAACACGCGUGUGUCCCAGGCGUUAAACGGAGACCUGUACUUCUCUAACGUCCUAUUGGACGACACCAGGAACGACUACAUCUGUUACGCCCGCUUCCCCCACACACAGACCAUCCAGCAGAAACAACCCAUCACUGUCAAAGUCCUGGACAUGGAUGCAAUCAAUGAAACUGUGGCAGCUAUGUACAAUUAUACGAACAAUUUAUUUGUUGACAGUCCAUCGGGGGAGCGGCGACCCAGCUUCAUGGCUCCUCUGGGGCGGAGCAGCACCCAGAUGGCCCUGAGGGGAGGGGUUCUGGAGCUAGAGUGUAUCGCUGAAGGACUCCCGACUCCGGAGGUGUCCUGGUAUAAGGAGAGUGGCGAUCUUCCUAGCAGCCGGAUGUCCUUCCACAACUUCCAGAAGACGUUGAAGAUCGCAGAUGUGAUGGAGGCGGACGCCGGGGACUACCGCUGCACGGCCAAGAACAGCCUAGGUUCCGCCCAUCACACCAUCAAAGUCAACGUCAAAGCGGCUCCGUUCUGGAUCAGUGCCCCCAGGAACCUGAUCCUGGCCCCGAAGGAGACGGGCAUCCUUACCUGCAGGGUCAGUGGAGACCCCAAGCCCCAAAUCGCCUGGUCCGUCAACGGAGUCCCCGUCGAAGACUCUCCAAAGGACAUGAGUCGGAAAGUGGAGGACGACACAGUGAUUCUGAGCGACGUCCAGACUGGCUCCAGCGCUGUCUACCAGUGCAACGCCUCCAAUGAGUUUGGCUACCUGCUGGCUAAUGCUUUUGUCAAUGUGCUUGCCGAAGCACCAAGGGUGCUGACUCCCCCCAACAAUGUGUACCAGGUCAUCACCAACAAUCCUGCCUUCCUGGACUGUGCCUCGUUCGGCUCGCCCAUACCAACCAUCACAUGGUUUAAGGACAGCCAGACCAGUAUCCUGAAUAGAGACCCAUAUGUGAUCCAUAAUAAUGGUACCUUAGAGAUCAACGUAGCCCAGUCCCUGAACAGUGGCAAGUACACCUGUAUAGCCUCCAACAACCUGGGAACCAAGGAGAACCAUGUCUACCUGGAGGUCAAAGAGCCGACGAGGAUCCUGGCCCAGCCAGAGUACAUGGUGGUCCAGAGGAACAGGAAGGCAGUGUUUGAGUGUAAAGUUAAACACGACCCCACCCUGAUCCCCACCAUGAACUGGCUCAAAGACAACGGAGAGCUGCCUGACGACGAGAGGUUCUUGGUGGACACUGACAGUCUGACCAUCAACGACGUGACAGAGGAGGACGAGGGAACUUACACCUGUGUCAUGAACACCACCCUGGACCAGGACUCAGCUAGCGCCAUGCUCACCGUCGUUGAGGCUACUCCAACUCCUGCUAUUGUCUACGAGGAACCAGACCCCCCUACAGACCUGGAGCUGACUGACCAGAGAGAGAGGAGCGUCCAGCUCACCUGGAUACCUGGGGACGAACACAACAGCCCCACACAGAAGUUCCUAGUCCAGUAUGAGGACCUGCUCCACCAGGCUGGGGUGUGGCACAACCUGACAGAGGAGGAGGGCACCAAGACCACGGCCCACCUGGACCUGUCUCCCUACGCCUACUACUCCUUCAGGGUUCUGGCCUUGAACCAUGUGGGCUACAGCCAGCCCAGCCAGCCCUCCAGACAGUACAGGACCAACCCUGCAGCUCCAGAUGUGAAUCCAACAGAUGUCCAAGGUGUUGGAACUGAACAUAAUAACUUAGUCAUCUCAUGGAAGGAGCUGACAGGCCUCCAGUCCAACGGGCCAGGACUACAGUACAAGGUGAACUGGAGACAGAAGGAUGUGGAGGAGGACUGGUCGUCUGAGACCGUGGCUAACGCCUCCAAGUAUGUGGUGUCAGGCACGCCCACUUUCGUACCCUACGAGGUCAAAGUUCAGGCGGUGAACGACUACGGAAACGGACCAGCGCCUGAGGCGGUGGUGGGAUACUCUGGAGAGGACGUGCCCAUGUCAGCCCCAGAGAGUGUCCAGGUGCUGGUUCAGAACGGGACACUAGCAGAGGUUCACUGGGAGCCUGUCCUCACCUCCAUGGUCAGGGGACGACUCCAGGGCUACAAGGUGUCCUACUGGCGUGAGCGUAGCCUCCACCAGGCAGAGGCACAGCAGGAGGAGCAGCAGGUGUUGGCCUUCAGUGGGAACAGGACUGACGGCAGACUACCAGGCCUCAAACCCUACAGCCUCUAUACACUGAACAUCAGGGUGGUCAACGGCAAGGGAGAGGGGCCCCUCAGCCCCAACCACAACUUUGAGACCCCAGAGGGAGUACCCGGUCCUCCUUCCUUCUUGCGUAUAAAGAACACCAACAUGGACUCUCUGACGCUGGAGUGGGGUCCUCCACAGGACAACAAUGGUCGCCUCACCGGCUACACACUCAAAUACCAGCCAGUCAACAACUCCAAUGAGCUUGGUCCCGUUGAGGAGAUGACGUUCCCAGCCAAUGAGACCACCAUAACCCUGGCCGACCUCAAAUACAGCACCCGCUAUAAGUUCUACUUCAACGCUAAGACCAUCAAGGGCUCCGGCCCAACCAUCACAGAGGAGGCCAUCACUAUCAUGGAUGAAGCCUUUAUUCAGCAACCCAUAGUAGAUGUGGUCAAAGGCUACACAGAACCCCAUCUUCCAAUCUCUCCCAUCACUCAGUCUCUGCGCCCCCAGUUUUACAAGGUGCAUCCGAUAGGCUCGGCGUUCACCAAUGUAAACUCAUCUGUGGUGGGAGAGGAGGGAGCAGUGAUAAGUUGGGAAUACUUUGGACCAGAUAAGAAUGUGUAUGUGGAGUAUAUUGUAGAAAACAGUAAAGAAGACUGGACUAAAGAGUUUGUAAACGGCAGUAGCGGGUCUCAGACCUAUCUGAUAAAGGGCUUAAAGCCGGGGACGUCCUAUAGGGUUCGGGUGGUAGUUAAAGAUCACUCUGAGGCUACCAUACACAGUACAGAGGAGCUAGUGAUAACGCUGCCAGAAGCAAUGAAAAGCAACCAGGUAGACCUAGCCACUCAGGGUUGGUUCAUAGGGCUGAUGUGUGCCAUCGCUCUCCUCAUCCUCGUCCUCCUCAUCAUCUGCUUCAUCAAGAGGAACAAGGGAGGGAAAUACCCAGUGAAAGAAAAAGAGGACGCUCAUCAAGACCCAGAGAUCCAGCCGAUGAAGGAUGAUGAUGGGACGUUUGGAGAGUACAGUGACACGGAGGACCACAAGCCUCUGAAGGGCAGCCGGACGCCGUCCAACGGAACGGUGAAGAGGGACGACAGUGAUGACAGCCUGGUGGACUACGGCGAGGGAGGGGAUGGCCAGUUCAACGAGGAUGGAUCCUUCAUCGGCCAGUACAGCGGCAAGAAGGAGAAAGACACGCACGAGGGCAACGAGAGCUCCGAGGCCCCGUCGCCGGUCAACGCUAUGAACUCCUUCGUCUAGUUAGAUAGACAGUCACCGCUAGCCGAUGGCGAUGCCAUGACGACUGGCUGCCAUGGAAACCGUCGCUAUGGUGACCUGACCUGUCACCAUGGAGAUCUGCCACCAUAAGGACGUGUCACCAUGGAGACUCAUCACCGUGGUGACCUGUCACCAUGGCCACCCAUCACCAUGACUACUUCUGUCACACCCUGUCAUCUCUCCACAGCCUGCCCCUCCUGCCUGCCAACUCCCCACCCCCCCAUCACACUGUGACUACUCUCACCACCCUCACUAUCACACGAUGGGACAAACAACUAACCAACCAGAAGAGACAUGAGAAGAAGAACCGUAGAACCAUUUGAAAAAGUAGAAGGAGGGAUGUAGGAGCCCAGAAACAGACAGAGAGAGAUGGAGAGCUGGAGGAGAAGGCAACACUGACAAGCAGGAAGUGGAGGAAUGUAUUCCAGGAGUAGACUGGGUUGGUUCUCAUCACCCAGACUGCUCCACAAAGUGCUGGAGAGGGCAUGUGUGUGUUAGGGCCAUUUUAGCUUUCACAAACGUAUAUAUGAUGACAUAUAUAGAUCAUUGUCUUUUUGCAAACAAUGAUAUCCAUUAGAAUAUAUAUUUUCUCAACAUCACCCAACAUGGCAGUCAACAGUAUACAUACAUUUCACCAUUCUAUACAUUCAUCUGCUUCUGAUUAAUAUAGUGCAUGGAAUGAAUGAUAUUCUAAACCAUUACACACGGAUUCAUACUGGUGUCCAGCGUGGGAGCAGAGAUGACGCGGUGCACACCUUAAACUACUGCUUAUGCCUUUCAUCAUCUUACCUUUCUACUGUCAACAGUCUUAUAUUGGUAUUAUAAUACGGGGAAAAACUAUGGCGUCAUCAAUGUCUUUGUGGACAUUGCUGUGAAAAGUGUGACUCAGUUUAAUGCUAUUGUGACAUGUUAUUUUUGCAAGACAGAAGGUGUUUGUAUGUAUACUGUAACAGCAGAACAAAUCUAUGUACUGGAUGGUCAGGAAUAACACAUUUAUAGUUUGUAGCCCUGAAGAGAAAACUAGUGAUAAUCAAUACAGAAUCACAGCGACACUCCACACCUCUCUCCAACCAUCCCACACUCACACACAGACGUUGCUGUUUGUCUUGCUUUGGUUUUUCAAGGGAUGUUGUUGUUUAGUUGUCUUCCUUUCCACCAGACACAUGGUCUUGUUGCAGUGGCACUACUAUCUAAUAUGGAGAUUGGAACAGACCCAUUGUUCAUACAGCUUCACAGCUCCUGCCUUGGAGGGAGGGAGGGAGAGAGGGAGAGAGGGAAGUCAAGCGGUGCUAUGUUGCAGUUCCCGGAGCAGACCUGUGUCAAAAUAGUAAAAUAUUUGUUUUCUUGCAAACACUUUAGGUGUACUCUAUUCUGCUUGUGGAACCAAUAUAAUAGUACCAUGACGAGAGAUCCCCACCCACCUGGGUGAACUCUGCACAGCAGACAAGCUAAAUCAAGCGCAUCCUAAAGUAAUGAAAUCAAACUAUUCUGAGCCAGGUCUGGAACCCGAUACAGACUGCAGGCGGUGCAAAACCAGAGAACCCUUCAGCAUGGUUAAUAGUGCCUUUGUAGAGAACAGCCUGUGUUCUAGAUUCAUACCCAUAAACAUCCCCUCAUCCACACAGAGAAGAACCUGGUUCUAAUACUCAGAGCAGAACCGGUUCCAAUAGACAGAGCAGAACCUGGUUUCAAUAGACAGAGCAGAACCUGGUUCCAAUAGACAGAGCAGAACCGGUUCCAAUAGACAGAGCAGAACCUGGUUCCAAUACACAGAGCAGAACCUGGUUCUAAAACACAAAGCAGGACCUGGUUCCAAUACACAGAGCAGAACCUGGUUCUAAAACACAAAGCAGGACCUGGUUCCAAUACGCAGAAAUAGAAUGACAUUCAUUCCAUCAUUCUGUUUCUAUGGUUCCAAUCCGGUACAGUUGUCAUGGGUCCAUGUAUAGACCAAGCCAUGAGAGAUUAUUUACUAACCUAAAGAAAUUCAUCACUAACCAACACCACAGGAGAAUAGACUAUCAUCAUCCAUGGUCUCAUCUCUCCUCUCAGCAUCACACCUAGAGGAAGGGCUCUGGACCAGACCAGCAGCACUAAACUACUGCCAACCUAUGGUGCACCUGACAUAGCACCCUUUCCCCCUAUAUAGUGCACUACUUUUGACCAGGGCGCAUACGGCUCUGGGAAUAGGGUCCCAUUUCAGAUGCAGCCUAUUGUUUAACUCUCUGGUUAACUGCUAUUAAGGAUGAGGUGAGCUACUGCUACGACGUAAAACAGCUGAUAUGAACUGAGGGGUUUGAAAGCUAUGGAAGAUAUUGAAUGUGUUUUGCCUAUUCAUCAUAAGGAAUGAAAUGUUGCUUGUUUGAUUGGAAAAUGUCAAUAGUAAUAUGUGCUGGUGAUUUGUUUUCUGCAUUUAAACGUUUCUAUCUGUA